AUGGACAAAAGUUGGAUGAAUGACCCCGAUAGGCUCGUAUCACCUGCAUACGCCGAAGGCGUUAAAUAUUUCCUCGCACAAGCACGAAACCAUGCAAGUGGAAGGGAUCGCAUCCGGUGUCCAUGUCGUGCAUGCCUUAACAAUCUGUGGCUGCCUAUAUUUGAGGUGGAAACUCAUUUGUUUAUGAAAGGGAUCAACCCAAAUUACACGCAGUGGAUAUUUCAUGGGGAGGAGGAUACAACAUGGAACAUGAGUGAUGAAGAUAUUGAUGAUGAUAUCAACCAAGAAGACGAUUACAUAGAUGACAUGCAGGAUAUGUUGGAUGACAUCCGGGCAGGCACCUUCGAUGAUGCGCCCCAAGAUAGCACUCCUGCGGCAAACAGGCCACGAGAGACGGUAGAUUCAUUAUCUUUCCAGCAACUACUAGAGGAUGCCCGACGUCCGUUAUUUGAUGGGUGUACAAAAUUUUCAAAACUGUCAUUCGUGGUCAAGUUGUUACACAUCAAAUCAAUCGGUGGGUGGUCAAUUAAGUCAUUUGACAUUCUACAUGAUUUGUUGAGGUCUGCCUUUCCUGAUGCCCUAUUGCCACAAUCAUAUGAGGAGUCAAGGUCGUUGGAGCGCGGUUUGGGCUUCAAAUACCACAAAAUCCAUGCGUGCCCCAACGACUGCAUCUUAUUUUGGAAGGAAAAUGCAGCUCUUAAUGAAUGCCCUGUAUGUAAGGCUUCGAGGUGGAUACCAAAUACACACGGACAGCGCGCGGUACCUCAAAAAGUGUUGCGUCACUUUCCUUUGAAACCGAGAUUGCAGCGUCUCUUCAUGUCUGCAAAGAUAGCAGGUGAUAUGCGAUGGCACAAAGAGCAACAGACGAAAGAAGAUAGUUGUAUGAGACAUCCGGCCGACUCUGAGUGCUGGAAGAAAUUUGAUGAAGAUCAUGACUGGUUCGCUUUAGAUCCUCGCAAUGUUAGGCUCGGUCUGGCAAGUGAUGGCUUCACUCCAUUCAACAACUUGGCUAAACCUCAUAGCAUUUGGCCAGUGAUCCUUGUCCCCUAUAACUUGCCGCCGUGGUCAUGCAUGAAAGACCAAUUCUUCAUAACAUCUCUGAUUAUUCCUGGCCCAAGGUCACCAGGGAAUGAGAUUGAUGUAUACUUGCAGCCGUUGAUCGAUGAACUGCUUGAAUUUUGGGUAGAUGGGGUACCUACAUAUGAUGCCUCAACUAAGGAGACGUUUAUGUUGCAUGCUGCCUUAUUGUGGACAAUCAACGAUUUUCCUGCCUACGGGAAUCUGUCUGGCUGGUCAACAAAGAGAAAAUUGGCUUGUCCAUCUUGCAAUGCAGACACAGACUCUAAUUGGUUGAAAUAUGGCCGAAAACAUUGUUACAUGGGACAUCGUCGUUUCUUACCCCCAGAUCACAUAUGGAGAAGGAAGAAAUGGUUGUUCAACAGUAGAGAAGAUCAUCGCAUGCCACCAAGGGAAUUUGGUCCUGAAGAGAUUCAAAAUCAAUUGCAGAUGAUUGGGGAUGUUCAGUUUGGCAAAUCUCAUAGGAAGAAAAAACGCACUGCUGAAGAGCUGAACUGGACAAAGUGUAGCAUAUUCUUCGUGUUACCUUAUUGGUCAACACUUCGACUUCGGCAUAAUUUAGAUGUUAUGCAUAUUGAGAAGAAUAUUGCCGACAACAUCUUAUUCACUUUAAUGAACAGUCCAGGGAAAAGUAAGGAUAACAUCAAUUCAAGGCGUGACUUAGAGCUUUUGGGCUAUAGAAAAGAAUUACACUUGAUAUGGCAUGGUGAUCGUGUAACAAUGCCACAUGCACAGUACACAUUAAACGUCGAGCAAAGGAAUAAAUUUUGUGAGUGGUUGUCUGAUAUCAAAUUUCCAGAUGGGUUCGCUUCCAAUAUCUCGAACUGUGUAUCUCGACGUGACUGCAAAAUCUCAGGGUUGAAAAGCCAUGACUGUCACGUUUUCCUUCAAAGACUACUCCCUAUUGCUGCUGGGGGGUAUUUAAGAAGUGACAUUGGCUUGGCUUUGACUGAACUUGGUACUUUCUUCAAAGAGUUGUGCGCUCGAACACUCGAUGUCAACCGCCUGGCCCAACUCGAAACUGAUGUUGUCACCAUUCUAUGCAAACUGGAGAUGAUAUUCCCUCCUUCCUUUUUCGAUGUUAUGCGGUAUGUUAAGAAUAAAGCCCGCCCAGAAGGUUCAAUAGCCGAGGCUUACAUUCACACCGAAUGCUUGACAUUCUGCUCCAUGUAUCUCAAAGAUAUUGAGACGAGGUUUAGUCGACCGGAACGCAACAUUGAUGCUGACGAAGAGGAAACGUUAGAUGGGUUCAAAAUUUUCAACCAGAAAGUUCGUCCCUUGGGUAUGCCUUCGAACGUGCAAUUAGAGGAUAAACUAUUUAGGGCAGCCAUCUGGGAACACUACGAGAAAUGUAAGGUUCAACACCCAGAUUGCAUCGAGCGCACGCACCAAACUGAGUUCCCAACUUGGUUUAAGCAACGUAUCCAGGAACAUCGUACCUCGUAUACACUUGAUGUGUCCGCUGAUCUGUACGCGUUAGCUUGCGGGCCUGACCGUUGGGUUGCAACAUAUGCUGCUUGCAUAAUACAUGGAAAAAGGUUUCAUACGAAACAGCGUGAAUUUCGCCGUCGUACACAAAAUUCUGGAGUGGUGGUAACUGGUGAUGAGGCCACAAAUAAUUUGGACUUCUAUGGAGUUAUUAAUAAUAUUGUAGAGUUACGCUACAUGGAGUGGCGUCGGGUGUACCUGUUUGAAUGCGAUUGGUUUGAUGUUGGUGAUCGAAAACGAGGGGUGCGGGUGGAUGACCAUAUGAUUAGUGUCAACAUGAACAGGACUUGGUAUAAGGAUGAACCAUUCGCGUUGGCGAGUCAGGCUGAUCAAUGUUUCUACAUAGGAGAUUUAAGGGCGAAAGGGAAUUGGGGUGUUGUGCAGAACUAUGCAAAUAGGAAUGUAUACAACAUUCCGCCACGGCCGAGAGUUCUUGAAGUACUUGAUGGGGAAUCAAGUACUCCUGAUGCCGAUCAAGAAGAUGAGCCAUCAUAUUAUUAUGAACCAUUGCAGUGUGAUAACACAGAUCAAGUGGCAACUCAACUGAAUAGGCCUGAUAUACUACCUAGCCAUGUAGAUGCAAGAGAAAUCAUGGAUCUGGUUGGUCAAUGCAUAGAUUCAACAGGCUUUAUUAAUGAUGACAUGAUCACUUCUGAGUCUGGAAAUGCGGCCAGUGAGGGGGAAUAUUCAGAUGAAGAGGACCUAUCAACAAAUGAGGGGGAACAUUCAGAUGAGGAUGGGCACACAACAUCUGAUGAGUUACGUUCAAUAUUGGGAGGCUGUGUGAACUGGGAUGCACUAUGCCGUAUCAAGGUAAUCAGCCGGGACCCAGUUCAAGAGGUGGAGGCAGACUUCGAGGUCUUCGAGGUGGAAGGCGUUAUAUCCCAUACUCAGGUCGUCACUGUCGACCACGCGGUGCGAAAUUAUCUUCAUAUCAUAGCACGGAGGAGUGUAAUCAAUCCUCCUCGGAUGACUCAACACAGGCCCCAAGUCCCCCACCAUGCGUUAUGCCAACUCACGCGGUACAAUAUAUUCAAGAACCCCAACCAAAUACUGCUGGGGAACAAUCACCUACUGGAGAACAAACUGGUGCACAUUUUUCCAAUACUUUAA